AUGCUGCGUCGACAAGUGCGAGAGCGCAGACAGUAUGUGUAUGCGAAAUCCCUCGAAGCGCAAGAGAGACAAACAUACGAGAGAAAGCAACAGCUGAAAGAUGUUCUGGCGACGGGCAAAAAAUUACCCACAGAGUUGAAGAAAGAUGCAAAGGAUCUUGGGAAGGACUUGGCAUUUGAUGAAGCGCAAGCAGAUCCGACCACACAUAUCGACAAUGAGUAUUCUCGUGCGGGCUUUCAGGACCCAAAAAUAGUGAUUACAACAUCGAGGGAUCCAAGCUCCAAACUUUUACAAUUUACCAAGGAACUGAGACUUGUUUUCCCGGGCUCUCACAGAAUAAAUCGUGGAAAUUAUGUUGUGAAAGAGCUGGCAGAGGCUUGCAGAGCGAAUGAGGUGACAGAUUUAAUUGUUCUUCAUGAACAUCGCGGAAUACCAGAUGCCAUGAUCGUUUCCCACUUUCCCCAUGGACCCACUGUUUAUUUUACGUUGAACAACGUCGCUCUUCGGCAUGACAUCGGGACAUACAAAAAUUCAACCGUUUCCGAGCAAUACCCACACCUGAUAUUCGAAAAUUUCUCUUCACGCCUCGGUGAACGCGUGCGAGACGUGCUGAAAUACUUGUUCCCAGUGCCGAAGGAGGACAGCAAACGUGUAAUGACGUUUGCGAAUGACGAUGAUUUUAUUUCAUUCAGGCAUCACGUCUUUGUGAAAACAGGUCGUCAGGUGCAAUUGGCCGAAGUUGGACCUCGAUUUGAGAUGAAACCCUAUGAAAUUAGACAAGGAACUAUAGAACAAACGGAAGCUGAGCGGGAAUGGGUCCUUACUCACUAUACACGCACUGCGAAGAAGCGGAGUGUUCUCUCAGGCCCACGUUCAUCAGAACCUCCUACCAAGCGCACCAAGCACAGAUAG